ACAUGCAGCGCGUCUCCGAGAGCAACGAGCUCUUGCACGAGGUCUUGGCCUACCUGGGCGUGCGCGACCUCGGGGCUGCGAGUCAUGUAUGCUUACGCUGGUACCUCCUUGGCAGCCACGAGGUGCUCUGGGCGGCCUUGGCGUCGCGCGCGGUGCUCGGGCCCGAGACGGGCGCGCUGCGUGAGCUCCUCGGGCACAAGGCCUACCUCCGCCAGCUCGCCCGCGCCCGUCGCCAGCUGCCCCACGACGGCGCGGUCGAUUUCGUUGAGAGCGCUGCGUGGCCGCGGCUCUGCGCCAGGGACAAGUGGCUGGCACGGACCUUCCUUACAAGCUCGCUGGACGCGCUCACGCAUGCAAACAAGGCACCCGAAGACCCUGUGUAUCCGCCGCAAUCGGAUCUCUCGAGCCUGCUCUGCGCCUACGCCGAUCUGCUCGAGGAGAACUUUUCCGACUUGGCGGCUGCUGCGGCCUUGCUUCGGCGGGCGAUUCCAGGCAGCUCCGACCCUGCGCGCCUUUGGCACAACCUCGCGCUGCUAGAAGACAAGCGAGGCGACCUCGAUGCGGCCGAAGCAGCGUUCCGAGAGGCACACGCCGCCGACCCGCGCUACCAGCGCGUGCUCUGCAACUACGCCGUCUUCCUCGACGAGCGUCGGCAGCGCUUCGAGGCGGCGCGCGCCAUGUACGAAGUCGCGCUGGCAAACGACCCGACCGAUCUCGACGCCUACGCAGCCUUUGCCGACUUCUUGACGUUCAAGCAGCCCGACCUCGACCGCGCCGAGGGCCUCUUUCGUAGCGCCCUGCGUCACUUGGCGACGUUAUCAAUGCCGUUGGAGGACGGCCAAGAUCUCAAGAUCGUCAUUCAAUUCGCAGAGUUCCUUGCGUACGUCCAGCAGGACAUGGCUGCCGCGACGCCGAUCUAUCGUAUGCUGCUGCCACGUCACAAGCGCGAGCAGACACGGCCCACGCACGCAAGGGUUCACUUGCUGCUCUGCGUCGGUCUCUUGAGUUAUGGUAACCAUUUUACGUCAUUCGUGUCUGGCAUUCUGUGUAGCGAUGGCCAGCGUAUUCGCUUCCAACGACCAUGUCUUGGGGCGUCAGUUGGUCGUGGAGGCCAUGACGCUUUCUGUUUACCAGAGCAGCGACGACCCACUCCUGCUUCGCUACAAGCGCACGGCGGCGUGCGUUGUCCACCACGAUUUCUCACCAACGACGGUGGACGUCGAGGCGCUCGGGCCACUUGCCGGCCUUCUUCUCUACUUGGCCGGUGACAUGGCAAGCGCGGUGCAGCUCUGGGCAAAGUGCAUCGGUAGCCUCGACAGCGUCCAUCAGCGCGAGUACGCCUUUGCCGGGUAUUGUUUGGGCGUGGUGUUUCACUUGCGAGGCGGGCCGGCCAAGCGUCCGUUGGCGACGCAGGUGCUGGCAAAAGCACUAAACAGUGACGUCCAUGGCGUCGAGCUCCGCAACGUUUGCUUUCUGCUGCGCGAGUACGUGCGCUGCACUCAUAAUAACGCUGCAGCAGGGGCAUCGGCCUUUCUCGAUGUCCUCACCCAGUAUGACUUGGCACAUCAGAGUCACGCAAACCAGUAGAAGAUAUGCUGUACAUAUUAGCAAAGAGCGUCAUGCCGAUAACCAAUAUGACGCUCUACAUGCUGGUCCGGCCCAGA